UCGAAGCUCUUGGUGAAGUGGUAUACAAAUAUAAUCCAAAACCAAAUGUUGUUGUAAAAGUUAAUGAACCAGAGCAAGUUAUGAUUUAUAAAACUGCUGCUAAAAACGAUAAAGUGAGGG